AUGGUAAUUAAAAAAGAAACAAUACAACCGUCUGAAGAAUUAUCUAAUAAAGUAAAAGAAGCUCUAAAACACCAUGACCCUUACCAUAAAUUAAUGGAUUUAUUUAAUAAUUAUGGCUAUUUUUUACCAGAAAGGAUGAUUCUUGGGCAUAAAAUAUAUAGAAUGACUUAUUUGACUGUAGAUAAAGAUUUAACAGAAUCUGAUGAUAAAAAUAAUGAUGCAAAAUGGAUAGUUCUUGACGAUUUUUCAGAUAGUAAACUCGAAAAUAUCUUGAAUCAAUGGGAAAAGUGUAUGAAUUCUUUUAAUUUUGAUUUAUCUUACCUUGUAUCAAUUAAUGGCGAAUUGAUUAUGAAAAAUAAAAUCAAAGAGUGGGCUAAAAAUUGUUUAAAGAGCGAUUUUGACUCUUUACAAGUUAUUAGCUGCAAAGAAUUAUAUCCGUUGUAUGAAAUUUUUGACUUAUCUCUUCUUCAAGAAGUCGAAUCUAUUCUUGGAAUUUGUAGGCCAAUUGAAUCCACUCUUAAUAACCAAUCUGUGUUUAUUAAUAAAAAUACUAUAAAAGAAAGAGUUCUCAUGGCAGGAAUAGUACCAAUUAAAGACCCUCCCUAUUCAUACAGUGUAAAUUUUCCUGUUCGUUUUAAAUCCAAUAAUUAUCAGGUUUUUGGAAAAUUUAUUACACAAGAUGAUGAGCCAAUAGAUGAGGUGAUAAUCAAAUUCAAAUUUAUGGACACAUAUGGAUUCUUAAUUUUUAUGGAAAAUUAUGAGCUCACAUAUAGAAAUCCAAAAAUUGCAUGGGUAUUAAUUGGAAUACCUGCAGAAGUUGGUUAUUACAGCCAAAAUACACGAAAAAUAAAAGUAUUGGAUUCUGGUAAUGAACCAUUUGCAUUAAAGUCAAAUAAUAAUAUUGUAUUGAAAGUUCCGGAAAAUUUGCCGCGAGAUUCAGUUUUAGUCGUCUCAUUUAAACAUCCACAUUCGAAUUAUGAACCAAAAUUUAUAACUAAAAUACAAGGUUAUCAGUAUAAUAAAAUAUUACUUAAUAUACACUGUGAUGAUUUUGAAUAUUUUGACAGUGAAGAGAAUAGUGAAGAUUAUGAAUCUUUUGACGAUGAAGAAAAUAAUGAAAAUUCGAAAUCUUUUGACGAUGAAGAAAAUAGUGAAGAUUCGAAAUCUUCUGACGAUAAAGAA